UUGCAGCUAGCUCAGAUGGCAAUCAGAAUCGUGCCCCAAAAAUUUACUAAGAGUCAAGCUCCCCUGGUAGCUUGGUAGCAGCCAGCAGAGGCCGUCAACUCCCACACUCAGUGGGAGCACUUUUUUAACUGCCAUCUGAACUAGCUGCAGACUUGGAUAAACUAAAAUUCAAUAUGGCUGGCCUCACUCUCAUUCCAGUAAAUGCCUAGUCUAUGUUUGUGCAUUCAAAAUAUUUUGAGAUAACCUCUCGAGAUAAUGUUUAAUGUAAAAAUUAAAUUCUUAUCAUAAAAUUGUAGUCGAAUAAUGGAUCAUGAAGAAGAGUUUCUUAACACAUUCUUUACAUAUGUUGCUCAAUUGUGUAUUGAUAAAGCAAAAGAAUUAGUUGAAAAAGAACGUGGAUCAUUUCGUCAAACACAGUUAGGUCCAUGGGGAAUGUUACUUAUGCAUUUACCACAAAUAGCAGUAGCAGAACAUUCGUAUGCAGACUUGGGUUUUCUUCACACUAAAAAUAGAUUUUUAAGAAAAGAUAACUCAUUGAGGACAGCAUAUGAAUCCUCCAAAUUAGAACUAAAAAGGAUAGAAGAAAUGACCAGAGGAACUACUUCUAUUGGUACAACAGUUGCAGAAGUCUCUAAUCAACUAUGUCAAUACAUUACAGCUAAAAUACAAUUGAUAGAUUUCUAUGAGAAAAUGUACCAUAUGAGUAUACACAGUAAAGUCAUGAAAUAUCAGGAAUUAUUACAGUGCAUAGAAGGAAUUGUAGAAGCUCAUUUGAUGUCCUGUUCACAUUUAGCCUUAACUGCUGUUAAGGCAAGCUUAACUUUAGAAUGUGAAAUAUUAGUACAAUUGACAAAAGCACAAGUUGAGCUUCAACAUUGGAGAUUUUUAUCAACAUUAAUGUCUCUGUAUGGUGCACAAACGCGAAUGUCAGCAUGGGAAAGAACCUUACAAAGUAAAGAGUCAUGGAAGUUGGGUUUUAGUGCAACUUUUUUAAAAGCAAAUCAACAGCCUGCAUUGUAUCAAUGGCUAGUUAAACUACGCAGUAGCAUACUAGCUAAGUGUUCUCUAUAUUUUCAUACCACCUUGAGUCAGCAAGCAAGUCCAGGGGAAAUGAAAACUAUUAUGAGCAAACAAAAUAUGGAUUAUUAUCACAAAAUUCAGAGUUUUCAACGAAAAUAUGAUGUUUUAGCAGUUCUAAUAAUGUUUGACUCUAGAGGAGUUGAUGAUUCGGGGUCAGGGUACAGACAUCCUUCCAGAGAGCCAAAUACUUCUGAACAUUUCCCUGUUGUUCUCAGUUGUCCUAGUAUGUUUGUACAACAAUCGUUAAUCCAUUUGGACAAUAUACAAAAAAGAAUUAAAGAACGACAAACAGAGCUUCUAACUAUGGAUAAGAUUGUUUAUUGUAAAAAUGUAAAAGACCCAUUUGUAUAUGCUAUGUAUAAUACUGAUCCUAGAAUGACACUUGUCACUGUGUUUGAAAGUGGUAAGCAAAGAGAUAAAGAAUCUCAUGUAACAUCAUUUAUGACAGACUUAUGUAUGCAAAUUCGAUGUAACAAAGUGUAUGAAUUGCUGAAACUAUCAAAAUAAAAAGCCAUAAAAAUGAGUGCUUGAAAAUAUAAAAACACUAAGCAGAGCAUAGAAAUUACUUAUCUUCAUUGUUUACGGUCCGCUGUACAUGGGUUAGAAAUAGUUAAGUGUUAAUAAAAUUUGUAUUCUUGUUUAUUAA